CCAAUGUCAUCAGAGCUCUCCCAACUACAGACUCAAGGGUGGAAUGCCUAUCAAGAGCAACAUCUCACAAAGUUUUUCGUCUUUGAGAAUUGGACGAGAUGCCUAAAUUUCGCUCAACUAGUAGAAAUUGACAGCUGGAGCAACGACCACCACGCCCUUCUCAAGCUGAGCAGCCGUUCCUCUCCGCAAGGAAUGCGAUUUGUAGCGACCGUCCGUUGGGCGACGUACAAAGGUACACCUGCUCGGAUCGAACAGAAGGAUAUCGAUUCUGCGAAACGGACAGAUGCGUAUAGUGUGAUAGCAAAGUCUCUGGGAAACGUGAGCAGUUUGCAGGACCAUCCAGUGUUGCAAACUACACGGCUAGAGGAAGAUGUCGCUUUACUGCAAAGCGGCUGGGUUCACCGAGAUGCGGUCAUCUCGAAGAAGUUUCAUUUUCAUACUUAUACCAAAUGCAGGGACUUUGUACAUGUAAUCGGCGUAGAGUGUAAAGCGAAAAACUACCAUCCAGAUAUCGUUUAUUUCCCCUGUUGGGUCAGUAUUGAAUGGCGGCUAUUGGUGAAGGAGAAGGCUGUCGCUUUAGCUCUCUUUUGCGAUGCCACGGCUUCCAAGAUUGGCACAAGUGCGAAUACUGCCGAGGGCAGUCAUGUUUGCAUGGAAAAUCUCUAGUCAGUCUUCGACAACAAUGAGCCCGUAGCUGCCCCAGGCUACUACGUCGGCGAGACUGAAGCCGGGUGGAUAGUGUAUUUCAUCGGAUGACAUUGUGAUUUCUGCUGAUUUUGCUUUCGAUGCAUGAAGAAGAUACAUUAUUUAUAGUCGUGCUGCUCGACGGAGAGGCAUGCCUCAGGCAGAAAUCUCAAUUCUCGGUUAUAAG